AUGGCGUGCAGCCUGAAGGACGAGCUGCUGUGCUCCAUCUGCCUGAGCAUCUACCAGGACCCGGUGAGCCUGGGCUGCGAGCACUACUUCUGCCGCCGCUGCAUCACCGAACACUGGGUGCGGCAGGAGGCACAGGGCGCCCGCGACUGCCCGGAGUGCCGGCGCACGUUCGCCGAGCCCGCGCUCGCGCCCAGUCUCAAGCUGGCCAACAUCGUGGAGCGCUACAGCGCCUUCCCGCUGGACGCCAUCCUCAACGCGCGCCGCGCCGCGCGACCCUGCCAGGCGCAUGACAAGGUCAAGCUCUUCUGCCUCACGGACCGCGCGCUGCUCUGCUUCUUCUGUGACGAGCCCGCGCUGCACGAGCAGCACCAGGUCACCGGCAUCGACGACGCCUUCGAGGAGUUGCAGGCCCUGUGUGUAUUUCAGAGGGAACUGAAGGAGCAGCUUCAGGCCCUGCAGGACAGCGAGCGCGAGCACACGGAGGCCUUGCAGCUACUCAAGCGACAGCUGGCGGAGACCAAGUCCUCUACCAAGAGCCUGCGGACCACCAUCGGGGAGGCCUUUGAGCGGCUGCACAGGCUACUGCGGGAACGGCAGAAAGCCAUGCUGGAGGAACUGGAGGCCGACACAGCCCGCACGCUGACCGACAUUGAGCAGAAGGUCCAGCGCUACAGCCAGCAACUUCGCAAGGUGCAAGAAGGUGCCCAGAUCCUGCAGGAGCGGCUGGCUGAGACGGACCGGCACACCUUCCUUGCUGGAGUGGCCUCCCUGUCUGAGAGGCUCAAGGGGAAGAUCCACGAAACCAACCUGACGUACGAAGACUUCCCCACCUCCAAGUACACGGGCCCUCUGCAGUACACCAUCUGGAAGUCUCUUUUCCAGGACAUCCACCCAGUGCCAGCGGCCCUGACCCUGGACCCAGGCACUGCCCACCAGCGCCUGAUCCUGUCGGAUGACUGCACCAUCGUGGCCUACGGAAACCUGCACCCACAACCCCUGCAGGACUCACCGAAGCGUUUCGACGUGGAGGUGUCGGUGCUGGGCUCCGAGGCCUUCAGUAGUGGCGUCCACUACUGGGAGGUGGUGGUGGCAGAGAAGACACAGUGGGUGAUUGGGUUGGCCCACGAGGCUGCGAGCCGCAAGGGCAGCAUCCAGAUCCAGCCGAGCCGCGGCUUCUACUGCAUCGUGAUGCACGAUGGCAAUCAGUACAGCGCGUGCACGGAGCCCUGGACGCGGCUCAACGUCCGUGACAAGCUCGACAAGGUGGGUGUCUUCCUGGACUAUGACCAGGGCCUCCUCAUCUUCUACAAUGCCGACGACAUGUCCUGGCUCUACACCUUCCGAGAGAAGUUCCCUGGCAAGCUCUGCUCCUACUUCAGCCCUGGCCAGAGCCACGCUAAUGGCAAGAACGUCCAGCCGCUGAGGAUCAACACUGUCCGCAUCUAGUCCGGGCUGAAGGAGACCAAAGCCUUCUGGGUCUGUGACCACCAGCAAGAGCCUUGCCCAGCAGACGGCGGGGGGG